AUGGCGGCAGGGGACAUUGUGGAGCUCCAGAGAAACUCGCCUAAGUGGGCAACAGUUGUGGAAGACAUAGUCAAGAUAGAAAGGAAGAUCUUCCCCAAACAUGAGUCCCUUGCUAGAAGCUUUGAUGAAGAACUGAAAAAGAAGAACAGCGGGUUGCUUUACGUCGAGGAGUCAGAUGGUUCAGUUGCUGGCUAUGCCAUGUACUCUUGGCCUUCUUCCUUCUACGCUCUUAUCACAAAGCUCGCAGUCAAGUAUAGUUGCAGGAGGCAAGGCCAUGGAGAGGCACUGCUGACAGCAGCUAUUCAGAAAUGUCGAACCCGAAACGUGGGGAGAAUAUCACUUCACGUUGAUCCUUUGAGGACUCCUGCCAUGAAUCUUUACAAGAAACUCGGGUUCGAAGUUGACAGCCUUAUACAAGGUUACUACUCUUCGGAUCGGGAUGCCUACAGACUAUACUUGGAUUUUGAUGCCAGCUAGUGAUCGAAAUGGACGUUGAAAUCUUCUCUAUGUUGUUCAAGUGAUUGUAUUGCUCAAGAUAUGUUAGACUGAGAUUGAGGAUCAAACGUGCAUUUGUGUUUGUGAAUAACGUUAGUCCGUUACCAAUGCAAGAAGAGUCGUGCUAAUAAUGAGAACUGGGGAUGGCUUUAGUCAUGAAACCACAACCA